CACACCAGUCCUCCUAGUCAUCCCAAGCACCAGAAUUCCCUCUCCACCCGAUCGCCAGCACCAGCAAGUUUUAUUGGGAACUCCUGGUGUACAUAGUCGAUCACAUAAAGCAGAAGACAGAAAACAAAAGAGAAAAAAAACAAGAGAGCUAUUCUUGACACUUCGACUUCCUGUGUAAGUGAAGCAAGACUGCAAAGCUUUGGGCAUACAGAAAUCAUGUCUGCCUCUCCAUCCGCGUUGCAAUCGACCAAGCGUCCGUUGGAAGAUCCUUCCUCGCCGUCGGGUCCCAAUGACCAGCCCGAGGCCAAGCGUCCGGCUUUGGACAAAGUAGUAAAGGGCGAGGAGGCUGAGGCGUAUACCGAGGUGAAGACGGACGCCGCAGCGGCUUCCAGCGCCAGCGCUGAUGGCCAAGGAGACACCGUGGUUCCGGAUGCUCCGACUGCCAAGGGCGCUUCUUCGGAGACGCAGCCCAUCCAGUCGACUGCUUCUCACGGAGAGUCUGCAGCUGCCCAGUCUGAGCAGCGCUCUCAGGACGAGUCUAGCUGGAUUCACAUCCGUGCUGUAAUCUCCAGCCAGGAGGCUGCGACCGUCAUCGGUAAAGGUGGUGAGAAUGUUUCCCAAAUUCGUCGUCUGUCGGGAGCCAAGUGCACUGUCAGCGAUUACUCCCGGGGUGCGGUGGAGCGUAUCUUGACUGUCAGCGGCCCCCAGGACGCUGCUGCUAAGGCAUUCGGUUUGAUCAUCCGUACCUUGAACAACGAGCCCCUUGAUGCCCCUUCAACUGCCCAAUCCAAGACGUACCCCUUGCGUUUGCUAAUCCCUCAUAUCCUCAUUGGUUCGAUCAUUGGCAAGGGUGGUAGCCGGAUCCGCGAGAUCCAAGAGGCUUCUGGCGCACGUCUAAACGCUUCGGAUGCCUGCCUUCCCUUGUCGACUGAGCGGUCCCUUGUAAUCCUUGGCGUUGCGGACGCCGUGCACAUCGCUACCUAUUAUGUUGCCGUGACUCUGGUCGAGCAGCUGACUGAACGCUUCGGCGGACCGGCAGCCUCUGCCUACGCUACUCGCAGUGGUGGGCCCGCUGGAGCCGUGCCUGGAGGGAUGCAGGUUGUCCCCUAUGUGCCUCAACCCGCUGGCGGCCAAUAUGGUCACCCCGACACGUUCAAGCGCCACCACCCUCACCCCAACCGCGGCGCGGCCGGCAGCUAUGGCGUCCCCUACCUCCACGGCCAAGCUGCACCCACUCCUGUCGCCCAGCCCAACAUGCCCUACGGCGCUACUCCCCACACCCCGUACUCCGGAGCCGGCCCGCACCAGCCCGCGGCCUACGGCGGUCCGCAGGCUGCGCAGCCCCGUGCUGGUGGCGCCGGUGGUCCUGCCCCGGUUGCCCCUGCCGGUGGCGUCAUGCCUGGUCAGCCAUUGACUCAACAGAUCUACAUCCCCAACGACAUGGUGGGCGCGAUCAUCGGCAAGGGCGGAGCCAAGAUCAACGAGAUCCGACACUUGAGUGGCAGUGUGAUCAAGAUCAACGAGCCCCAAGAGAACAGCAACGAGCGCCUGGUCACUAUCACGGGUACUCAGGAGUGCAACCAGAUGGCGUUGUACAUGCUCUACUCCCGACUCGAAAGCGAAAAGCAUCGUAUCUAAACGGGUUAGUAUGAAGUUUUAGCUAGUUUAGUUCUUUUUUUCCU